GUAGAUGAGUAUAGUUGGACUACAUAUUGAUUUUCUGAGGACCAGUGUCUAAGACACAAGAUCAACAAUGUCAAAAUACGUCAGAGCCACGGAGGAGAGCCCCGCUCCCGACACAUCCGCGCCUGAUCCCCCUCAGCUACCCGGCGUGAUGAGCCUCGCGUGCCUAGUGUUCCUAAGGCGCCGCCUAUAUCUGUUGCCGCUGAUCACUGCCCUGUGGAUCAUCAUGGCUUUCUUCAUAUCGUAUGGUAUCUCCAUCAAAAGCGGUUCUGUGAAACCUAAUGAUUUCCCUUACAUCAGCUAUACUGCAAUCGAGGCACCUGAACGAUGUGUUUUCGGACAACUCAUCAACAUAGGAGCCGUUCUAUUGGGUAUGAAUGUGUGGGUGAGGUACCUGUUCGUGAAGGAGAUCUUUUUGAAGAGGAAAGUCCAGGAUGCUGCAAAGUGGCAGAAAGUGAACAUCGCUGGGAUCAUCCUCGGAUUUCUGUCUGCUCUGGGGAUUAGCAUGGUCGCCAACUUCCAGACUGUUGUUCAGCGAGGACCACACUACGUGGGCGCUGGCCUUGCCUUUGGCCUCGGUCUAGCCUAUUGUUGGUUGCAGACAAGGUUGUCAUGGAAACUACGCAGCGAAAAGUACGGAAACAGAACUGUGGCGAUGUAUCAGCUAGUCAAUAGCAUAGCAUUAUCCGUGUUUCUACUUUUAUUUUCCAUUACAAAAAUAAUCUACAAGGUAAACGAAGCCAAAGACUUAAAAAAGGGACUGGUGGACACAAAAUUUACAUCUCUGCGUGGAGUGUAUUUAGCAUCAACGAUCUCAGAAUGGCUAGUGGCGACAUCUGUCCUCACAUUCGCCCUCACGUUUAUGUGGGACUUCCGAGCCCUCGUCAUGGAAACUCCACGAGUCAACGUUAACUUCAACAUGAUUGAGGUUUAGGUUACAGUUUCAUCAGAUAAAGAAAAAGAGAGAGGUGAUGAUACGAACAUGAAUAACAUCAAUGUUGAAGUGUGAUCAUUGUAAGCUUCUCAGAUCAGAAGACAAGGGACAAUACUCACAGCGUGAUGCCAAACCUAUUCUAAGGAAACUGGUCCUGUAAACAUGGAUAUUUCACAUAUUACUCAACAUAACCAUCCAUGUAAGGCAUAAGGGGAACUCAAGAAUGUGGAAUCUAUCAAUGUAGGAAAACAAUUAGCAAAGUGGUGAGAAACAUUAACUCUAAUAUAAAAAUUAGAGGAAUGGAGAGAACAAAUUAUUCAGAGGAAUAGAAAGUGAGCACAACAACAGGAGGCAGACAUCAGAACAAAGAAUCAGGGAAACUAAAGGGCAGUGGAACACUCAUCAAUGCAAGAGAGAGAGAGAGAGAGAGAGAGAGAGAGAGAGAGAGAGAGGAAUUUCUUUUGUAAAUUAAAUUUUGUUACAUCAUAACCUAAGUGCUUAUUCAUACAUUUUCAGUUAUUAUACAAAACUUUAAGUUUAAUGAAUACAGUUUAAAUUAUAAUGGUAUAACUUACUUGUGUGCUUUAAUGUUUUAACGUAAUGAACGUAAGAUAUCGUUUCUUUUUUCAAGGGCACUAAGUAUUACGACAAUGUAUACCCAUUCUACCUGUAAUACUGGUACUUAUGAAAGAACUUGUUACUAUUCUUUUCGUUUAUACUGUGUUAAAAAUCAAUUAAAAUCAUGAAAAGAUC